AUCUCGAAUUCGGCAUGUGGUACCUUAUUUUAUUGAUGAUCUCGGCCUCUUGGGCUGAUAAGUUGGACCACGUCUAUCUGGCACCCCAAGGCGCAGCAGCAGCUGGUGGGUACCCGGGGGAUAUCUCCGCUCCCCUGCCCAAUGCGCCUCCACCGCCCAAGUUCAUCCCUAUAGUGUCCUACCACAACCAGCCUAACGUGGGAGACGGAUCCUACUCCUUCAGUUACGAAACUGGAAACGGAAUCAAGGCACAAGAAUCGGGGGUGCUGAAGAACGAAGUUCCGGAUGGGCCCGGGGAAGCCGUACAGGGAAUCUACACUUACACGGGCCCUGAUGGGGUAGUGUAUACCGUAGCCUACACUGCUGAUGAGAAUGGGUUCGUGGCUAAGGGAGACCAUCUACCCACCCCACCCCCGAUACCUGCCGAGAUUCUAGCAGCUCUACAGCAGAAUGCUGCUGAGGAGGCCACUGCAACCCCUCCAACAGUGUACGCCGCCAACCCUGUAGCCGUCUCCUCACCAGCUCAUUUCCAAAAUGUCCACUACAACAAACAAUACUUCAACAAGUACCACCAAAGAUACUGAGAAGACUAAGAAGAAGACUGUACAAAUGUAAAAAAGAAGACUUCUGUAUUACAGACUGAUUUUUGAUAGAGUAGAUAUAUUUUGUUUAUGUUUUACAGUGAUCAGUACUAUUAUGAAACUGAUGUAUUCUUAUCCCUUGGCGUUAAUAAAAUGAUUUUUAAAGAA